UUACCUCCGAACGUCCCUCCACUUGAGCGAACAAAUUAUAUUUCCAAUUUUGGCAGUGGACCGUUGGCGGUUUUUUACGAAAUUCAUUUAUUAUUUAACAACUAUGAAGCAGGUGUUUUUACUACAUGAACAGUGCAUAUAAUGAAUACCAUUUUUGCACAAAAAGGCGGUUGUUUAUGAAAUCGAAACUUUCAAACAACGGAUCCCAACCGAAGAUUGCUCGAAAGAAGAACUUCAAACUACAUGUUAUUGUUGGCAAAGAACUACACUUUUCUGCUGGAGAAACUGUGUCGAUAACAAAAUUCAAUGGCGGGGCAUCGCUUUAACGAUCAUAGUCCACAGGAGUCGGUCAGUUUGAUCGAGAAACAGGACGCGAAACUAGACCGUUUUUUGGAUGAUAUGAAGCCCUACGUUCUACGACUUCCCCACAAAUUAGAGAGAAAAAGAGUUGGAUUAUGGAUCAAAAAGCUUUGUGAGCCACCCGGACCAGUCCCCUCAGCAAGGAAGAACAGAAAUUUAUAUGCUCAGCUGCUAUUACAUAUGUUAAAAAGAGGUGUACUGGAAGACCCUUUCACAAGACGGCCAGAUGCUGGUUCACUUCAGCCUUUACCUUCAUAUAUGUCAAUCUAUUUAGAUGAACCAAUACAACAAAGAAGUCCAAGUCAUGUUAUCGAUGAGGAAUAUGGAAGGGAUCCCCCAGACUGGGUGAGAGACCUUGGAAGCUCAACAGCUGGUAGUAUCAUGUCAGACACAUCAGGAAUGCCUCAACCAAGAAUACGUAGGGAGUUACCAACAACUAGUGGUGCUCAUCCUGUGCCAGUAGGGAGGUCUACAACUUACAGUGGCUCCAACAGAGARCGAGACUAUGGUAACCAUGGAUAUCGUCCCAGGGAAUCACUGGAGUAUGUGAAUGGAGACAAUCACUAUGGUAACGGAGUCAGUCAUCAGGAUGAAUAUUUUACACCACAAGAACCAGCAUAUAACAGAGAGUAUCAGCACCAGGAAGUCAAUUAUCACACUAGUCCAACGGUACCCAAGCCUUAUCCCAUGAAUGGUUAUCAACAAUAUUCAAGAGGUGCUAAUUUCACAGCUAACACUACUUUUAGAGAUGAUUUGAAUUUUAGUAAAUCCAAUGAAAGAGAGGUUGAGCUGAAGAUUAAAAUGGCUGAAGCCAAAUUUCAUGAAGAAAAACUUAAACUACAACAACAACAUGAUGUUGCUGUCCAAAAGAUUUUAGACCGAAAAAAUACAGAACUUGAAGAGAUCAAAUCUCAUUAUCGUAACAAAAUCACUGAACUUGAGAGUCUUGUCAAAAARCAAGAACGUAAAGUCUCCCAAGUGGCGAGAGAAUCAAGUGCAAUAAAAGAGCAAAAAGAUAAACAGAUUGCAGAACUGAAGACACUUGCCGAGCAGACUGGAGAGAGUGCAUUAAACAACUACGAGAAAAAGCUAAGUGACAAGAUAGCAGAAUUUGAAUCAGAAAAGAUUGAAAUGCAGAAACAGCACACCAAUAAUAUCCAGGAACUUCUUGACGAAACCAAUCAGAGACUGCAGAAGAUGGAGGAAGAGUAUAAUAACCAGUCUGCCAGUACGGCUAUAGUCAUGCAAGAUCUGGAAGCAAGGGUGCAUCAGCUGACUGAAGAGUCUGAAGCUGUCCAGAACUCAAGAUCAAAACUAGCCAAGGAAAAGGAAGAACUUGCUGAUAAAGUUUUAUCRCUGACAAAUGAGCUGAAGGAUGCUAAAACAACUUUGACCAAGUUUGAAAGAGAGAAGACAAAAUUAAUGAGUGAACACCAACAAGCAAUUCAACAAAUUCAACGGAAGACUGAUUCCACUAUAGAAUURCUGAAAAAAGAACAUUCUUCUGUAUCAUCCAGGUCAGAUGACGCCAUUGCAGACUUAGAGAGUCAAGUCACUCAACUCAAGCAGGCCCUACAAGAAUCUGAAUUUCAAAGACAGAAACAAGUCAGGGAAAUGGAAUCUUCAGGUCAACAAGAGAAAAUGAGUAUAGAACAUCUAUAUGAUAAGAAGAUUCGUAGUUUACAAGCAGAAUUGGACCAGCAAGAGAGGGAACGUGAUGAACAGAUCCAACGUCAAACCCAGAUGCAGAAGCAACAAUCUCACCAAGCGGAACGYGCUCUCAAUGAUUUCAAAGAACAAGUGGAAAAGAACUCGGGAAAAAUGUUUGACGAGAUGAAAACUCAGAUGGAGAAGGUAGAAGAGGAYCUUGCUCACUCUAAAAAGCUGCGAGAAAAGCAAAGUAAAGAAUUCAGUCGACAGCUCGAUGACAUGAAAAUGAAACACGAUAAAAUGAUUGCUGAGCUCAACAUCAGCCAUGAACAAGAAAAAGCACAAUUGCUGAGAAGCUACCAGGCUGAACGUGACGGUUUGUUAAGAGAGCAAGAACAGGAACGGGAUCUGCAAAGUGAAAAGCUUCAUCAGAAAAUGAUGGACAUGGAAACUCAGUUUAAAGAGAAGGCUACACGAGAUGCAAAGGUAAUAGCAGAAUUAGAACAGCAAGUACGAGAUUUACGCGAAGAGUUGAUGCAGACCAACUCUCUUCGCAAAACACAGCUAAUGGAGUUGAACAUGCUCAGAGAAGAAGAAAAGCAAGCAUACAAGAGACAAGAAGAAAAUCUUCAAGCAAGAUCAAAGAGUGAUCUAGAYCAGCUAAAGCUAGAACUUCGAAGGACACAUAGUAGUGAGAUGGAGCAGCUCCUUGAAAAGACAAACGAGCGUCUUAGAAUCAUGGAGCAAGAAUACACAAGCAGAGCUGAUAAGACACAAGAGACCAUUCGAACUUUAGAGGAUGAAAUGAAAAAACUGCGAGAGGAAAACUUGAGGGCACGACUGAGUUCUGAGAAGAAGCUUAGCGACAUUACAAAUAAAUAUAAUGACGAUAAGUCUUUGCUCAAGAAACAGCGAGACGGUAUAGUCAAUUCUUUGGAACAAGAAUUGCAGGCCCAGAAAACUAUGGUGCGUCACACUGAGAAACGAUGUCAGCAGAUUGACUUGGAAUCACAGGAAAAGAUUUCCCGUCUUCGUUUACAGUAUGAGGAAAAAAUGAAAGGACUGMUGCCUGAAUCAGUAAGACAGGAACUGGAAGACACCAUUGAAUCACUUCGACAGCAAGUCUCAGUACUACAGUCACGUGCUCAAGUGUUACAAGAAGAACUGGACACAAGAAACAAACUAUCAAUGUCUUCACUUAAUACAUCUGCCUUCAGAGACGAUUCCUAUCGAUAGACUCAGUUACUAUGGCGCCGUGACAUCAAUAGUCAUGUUUCUAUGGAGACAGUUACGUGUGAUGAUGACAACGCUGGUCAAGAGUGAAACGUGAUGUUUGUAUAUGGUGCUAUAGCAAAUCAAGUUUGCUUUCAUAGUAACAAGUAUUGAUUAACUAAGUUACUAUGACAACAACACUUGUUAAUAAUACUCUAAUGGCCUGUACGAACCAUUUCUCUUUGUGAGAACUUUCUGACGGCUGUACCAAUACUUGUACCAUAUUAACGACUCCUACAUUUUCAUUGUCAACUUAUUUUAUAUAUACCAUAAGAUAUAAACUACAAAAUGGAAAUCCUUGAAGUGCAUACCUUUUAAUCUAUUCUUAUUGACAAUUAUCGGUGUGCGUUUUAUAGAUACGGUCGAUAUAAGUAUUCUGGUCAAACUGGUUAUGUCCAGGGAAGUCUUAAGAUUCAAAAACUAGGUCCCAGUUGUAUUACUGAAAGUGGUAGCUAUUAGUGUUAGCAUGCUUGUUCGUAUCGUUAUUCUGAGAUUGAUAGUAUACCAACUAUCUUGGUCGUGUUAUAGAUGUGGUCGAUAAAAUGAGGGAUUCAUGUUGAUAUUAUCUGCCUACUGACAUUUAACCUUUCUGGUCGUGCUUUAG